AUGGGUCGCCGUGGGUCCUGUGGGUCCCGGGGUGGCCGUGGGUCCCAUGGGUCCUGGGGCAGCUGUGGGUCGCUGUGGGUCCCCGUGGGUCCCGGGGUGGCCGUGGGUCCUGUGGGUCCCAGGGCAGCCGUGGGUCCCAGCCUGUUGCCCCCCCCAGAGGUGCAGCUGAAGCCGCGGCACCGGCCCCUGCGCCUGGUCCGGCAGUGGCCAGAGCUGCUGCUGCGCUUCAGCCUCGGCUCCCACGCCGACAUCGCCCAGGACGAGCCCUGCCUGCAGCUGCGCAGGAACGUCUUCUUCCCCAAGAGCAAGGAGCUGGAGCUGGAGGAAGAGGAGCUGCUGCGGCUGCUGUACGAGGAGGCGCGGGGGAACCUGCUGGGGGGGCGCUACCCCGUGGACCCCCCCGACGGGGAGGAGCUGGGGGCCCUGGCCUGCCGCCUGCGCCUGGGACCCUUCCAGCCCGGCCACCACACGCCCCAGAGCCUGCGGUGUCCAGGCCCCCCCAAGUCACCCCACAGUCACCCGGGGAAACCCAGGCUUCCGGGGGGACACACACCCCCACCGCACUCCACAAGUGCGCCCUGGGGUCCCAGGCGUCCAGGAGGGGACCCAGCGUCUGGGCCCCCCCCCAGGUGCGCCUUCUUCCCGGGGGCCAUCGACCGCCCCGCCGGGGGGCUGCUGGGCCGGGGGGGGCUGCGGCCCGUCAGUGUCGCCGUGGGGCUGGAGGGCGUCACCAUCAUCGACCCCCGGGAGAAGCAUGUGCUGCUGACACUGACCUUCCCAGAGCUGUGCUGGGAGCUGGUGGGCGCCGUGGGGCAGGAGGGGGACGGCGCCGUGGGGCAGGAGGGGGAUGGCGCCGUGGGGCAGGAGGGGGAUGCCGUGGGGCCCCCCCAGCUCUGGCUGGAGUUCGAUGGCGACCACGAGGGCGCCCCUGUCAACCGCCUGCUGCGGGUGUUCUCCCCCCAGGUCAGACCCACGGCCCUGCCCCACGGAUCCCCACGGGGGUUGCGCCCUGGGCACACAAACACCCCAAAACUCAACUAUUUCGCUAUUUAA